UAAUAAAUAAUUAUUGCAACUUCGUCAGUCGUACUGGCACGGUCACAUGAAACAGAACUGGAACUGCGCAAUGCCACCGACACCCACAACUUUAACGGUCUGUGACCCGUUUCCUGUUUUAUGUUUACCUCCUCCGAGCGCGAUCCCUUGAGCAGUUCCCGCGCGAUAAUUCCGACAUCGCGAAUACUGGACUGAAUGCGCUGUGAUGUCUUCUCAAUGGUCUCCUCCGUCAUCUUCAAACACACAAUAUCACGGUCAAGACAGUGCCAUUACGGAUAAGGAUCAAGGACUAGAGUAAACACGGGACAGUGGCAAUUUGUCGCACAGCACGCAGCCACGAUAAGCAAUAAUUUGAUAACAUACGGGAGACGCGAAGGCCUGCGUGUUGUGGAAGCUGUUAGAAGGAUGCAGGCUGCCUGUCGUCAAUGCCACGGAUGGAUUCAUUUUCUCGCUCCUUUAAGGGAUAAUCUGACACUUUCUAUGCCAAAGAUGAAGGUGGAUCGAUCAUACGCAGCAGUGGCUUGGUCUGUUUGGGCUGGUGUGCCAAUCAUACUCCAAUUACAAAUUGCUGCUUUGAUUUUGAUGGAUUUUUCAUCCAAGUGCAGCGGACGGGCAGAAAUCGUCUGCUGCUUUGCAGCUUUCAUCGUGAGAAGUGAUGCCAUUUCCGGUGGAAAACGAGAGCAUCUAGUUCCAAGUCCAUUUGACAAGACCUGCAUGGAAAUUGGAAUGACGGAAUGUUGAGAAAUUAAAUUAAGAAAAAUUUUAAAACGCAUUAAAAAGCAAAAAUUAGUCAGAAAAUUAAUUUUUUCAUCUAAUAAUUUUUGAUUAUACUGCAAGUUACUUAUUCACGGAAAAAGCCUGUUUAGAAGCGGUUCCAGAAUCCAAAUACCAAUCCGUUUGGUAAUGGAAAUGGUUAGCGGAAAUGAUGUUUUUGGUGAUUUCAUACUGCAUUCAUGCUGCGGAGAAUGGCGACGGAGACAGUGGAUAUCGUUGCGUCGUUGAAUAAUAUCCGGCAGUUGAUGAAGAAUGCAUGUGCCACCAGAAAGCAGGGAUUUAAAGAGCCGCUGCUCAUUGCUGUUAGCAAAACCAAACCCGUGGAAAUGAUUGUGGAAGCAUACCAGGCAGGACAAAAAGACUUCGGAGAAAACUAUGUCCAGGAGCUGAUACAGAAGGCCUCCGAUGAGCAGAUCCUUUCCAAAUGUCCCGAUAUACGAUGGCAUUUUAUUGGUCAUUUACAGAGAAACAAAGUCACAAAGUUAAUAGGUGCUCCCAGUCUGACCGUAGUAGAUACAGUCGACAGCGUGAAACUUGCCGAUGCUCUUAAUAGUGGCUGGGAAAAACGGCAGUUAGACCGGAAACUGGAUGUCAUGUUGGAAAUUAAUACCAGCAAAGAACCAAAUAAGCAUGGUAUCCAUCCUGAUCAGGUUGUUUCCAUUGCUGAUCACAUAAAUGCCCGCUGUCCCGGCUUGAAGUUAAAAGGCCUUAUGACGAUCGGUGCAAUCGAGCAUAGCACCAACAUCCGACCCAAUCCCGAUUUUGUUAGCCUCUUUGCGUGUCAUCAGGCGCUGUGUGAACAUUUACGAGUGGAUCCCAGUGAACUGGAGUUGAGCAUGGGCAUGUCCGAGGAUUUUGAACACGCCAUCGAAAUGGGCAGCUCUCAGGUUCGCGUGGGAAGCAAGAUAUUCGGCAGUCGUGUGUAUCAUACUAUUACGGAUUCCGGUGACGAAAAAGAGUGAUAUCGGUGGUGAUUUUCGAAAGCGACGUCGGUUUAGGAUGGGUUUAGGCUUUUAGCGGUGGCAUGGUGGUAAAAAGCUAUGGAAUUCUUAAUUUAUUAAGGGCAUUUUCAUGCUGUGUAUAAAUCUCGAAAAUUUUUUCGCGGUACGCGAUAAUAACGGAUGAAUUUAUUACCGUUUUCUCUUAGAAAUGAGGAACAAUUGCAAAAGCCUUCGCAUGACUAUCCCGUGCAAAUGCUCGUUUGUUAGUUAAGCGACAAAAGUAUCAUUAAGAUAAACUGCAGCCAGAUUAUUCAGUAGCUCGAGCCAUUCAACUGUUCUAACACAGCAGUUUCUUCUCACUUUCUUCGUUCCUUUCCUGUUUUACUGCGAAUAAAUAAGUAAACCA